CGUCACCGGCGUACCCCUUCUUGUUGUUUACGUCUACUUGCGAGGUCUGUUAAGUGCUGUCCCAUUUCCUAUUAGAGAAUGACAUCCACAUAUGAGUUAAUGGUAAUGCCCUUGGGUCCCCUGUCCUUGGUGACCGGUGUAUUAUAUUAACAUUUGACCUUAUUCCAUGGCCUUCUUUCCAUUGGUCGAUGGGCCUCGACCGAGAUGAUAGUUAGCAAUGAAUAGUUCCUGCUAGGUAUUCCUACCAUGCCCCUCCGCCUACGUGCGCUCCGCCCGGUAUAUAUUUCAGUUGGAUAACGCCGGUAUUGAUCUCUAGAAGAGGCGGCUUCUGCAGCAAGACAUUGAAGACAUCUGGUUGUGAGGGACCAUAAGCCGUGUUGACCACGUGCGAGUAUAGUUCUGGUUCUGGGCGAAAGCCGUUAACCAACAAACAACAAAUUCAUCACGUCACUGCCCAGUAACAAUAGCCAACAUGGUGAAGCUGCAUGUGAAGAGGAAGGACGAGAGCCAGUUCCUGUAUGACACCAGCGUCACAAGCACUGUGGACGAUGUUAUCAUUGAUGUCACCGCCAUAUACAAUGGCAGGCUGAAGGUCACCAGGGUUUGCUCAGAGCUGGAGGAGCUGGCACAGCACGGCACGCUGCUGCCCCCCAACAUGGCGGGGCUGGCGGACGAGCAGGUGUGCGAGCUGAGGCUGGUAGACGAGUGGGGGGAGAAGUGCGUCCCCAGCGGGGGCUGGACGUUCCAUAAGGACCCCCUGGGCCGCCGGAACGGCCGCCAGCCCGGCGAAAAGAUGAGAGAUGUCGUAGACAAGACUGUGGCAGAAGCCAGGGCCAUCGUAUCUAAGAAACAAAUCCAGGCGGACGUGUGCCUCACCCAGCGGGCAGUGCAGUCUGCGCUGGACAUCCUGCGAGGGGCUGUCAUGAUCAUGUACCCCAUGGGGCUGCCUCCCCACGAGACUAUUCGCCUGGAGCUGGAGAACUCGGAGGACCUGACCGGCACACAGGCAUCUCUGGAGGUGUUGGACGCGGCGCUGGCCCAGCUGUGGUUCUCGGGGCGCGAGCUGCAGCGGGGCAAGCUGAUCGGGGACUACGUGGGUCGCAACGAGAAGACCAAGGUGGUGGUGAAGCUGCAGAGUCGCGGGCAGGGGCCACCCGCCCGGGAGCCCCUCCUCUGCGAGGAGGAGCAGAAGCAGCUCAUGCUGCAUGCGUACCGCCGCCAGGAGCAGCUCAAGAAACUGGACCAGGACAACGAUGACAGCUACCUGGAUAGUGCCUGGGCAGACAGCAGCAGUCUCAAGAAGUCCUUCCAGGGUCUCAGCAACAUCUCCUGGAGACCCAAAUAAGCCCUCUGGAAUACUUGCAAUCGAGUACUCCUGAUCAGUUUGACUCGGACAAUUAAAAGUUUGAUACUGAUGAAUCGUGCAUCUUUAGUCAGUAUUCAUAAUGGUUUUAAAUUUUGUAACUUUUUGCACUGGUUCAAAAAUAUCUUAAAAGUUGGUAACACAAUUUUUUUCCUUAAAAAUUACAUAGUUAGAAAAAUGUUACUAUUAAAUUUAUUUUACAGUUUAAAAUAUUGUAUCUGCACCUACAACUCGUUUUGUGAUGUAAUAUUAUUUUAUAUCAUUAAGUGUGUGUUAAACAGCUCCAAAUUUGUUACUUGCUGAGGUAAUGUAUGUUCGAAAUAUAUUAAUUCUACAAUAAAUCAGCUAUUGAACACAAUGAUUCCAUAUAGCAUUAUGGAGGAAAAAGCUAUAAUGCACCGAAGGUUUUAAUUACAGUGAGAUUCUGCAGUGGUUUGCCAUUUAUUUACACAGCCUGAGCUUGUUUAUUACAUAAUAUUACAUAAAAUAUUGUCUAAAUAAUUACAUAUGGAAAUAGGAAAUACAUCAAAAUACUCAAUCAACUAGGCAUUAAGAAAAUCACUUUUUUUUAACUAACUUUUCCACUUUUAGUGUAGAUAAAAAAAGGAAGGUAUAAGGCUGUGGUCCAACCAUCUUAAUUUUGGUUUUCCUUUGCUUACUGAAAUAAGCUCAUUUGUAUCCCUAACGUGUUGUUCUGUUUUUACUUCUCUAAUGGCCACACACCUAACACUCAAUAUGCUUUUAUAUAUUUAUAUAUAUAUAAACAUGUUGAACUGUUUAUAGUUGAACAAUGCAGUAUCCUUGUACUAAUUUCCUUAAUUUAUAUGUUCUAUCCAUGUGGGAUCCAUUGGACGAAAAUAAUUAAAUAAAUAAAAACAAAUCACAAACAUGUAUUAGGGUGUUUUAAUAAAUUUGAAAAAAAAAAGUCAUUUUUUGCUUGUUUUUGAGUACACCUCGGACUCGUAUACCGCGAACAAUUGGUUCCGAGAAAUACUAGCGCUAAGUGGAUUCGCGUUACGCGAGUUCGGUAUCCCCGUUAAUAACAAUGU